GUAUGUAUGGUUCUAUUCAAUUGUACUAUAUCAGUGAGGUUGCGAACACUUCAUAUAAUUAGUACGAUCUGCGGCACAUUUCAUUAACACCUACACAGGUAACCUUCUUGUACUACAUACUCAGCAAAUAUGAUUGGAGCUAUCUACCGAACGUGUAUGCGAAGCAAUGCUUCAUUCAUGGCCACCUUCUUAGUGGCUGGUGUUUUCGCCGAGCAAGUCUUCGAGAUGAGUGCAGAUAACUUCUACGACAAUUACAACAAAGGGAAACUGUGGAAGCACAUUGGCCCCGCCAUUGAGGCGAAUGAAGCCAAUUAGAUGGGUCCUCGCGAAUGGGGUUUAUGUACAGCUUGGCAUGAUCGCUGGCGUAGGCGCUGGUGUGGUAUAGAUAGCUUUGUAGUACAUACAACCGCAACGGAUUGGCUGUGUAUGCUGCGCUGAAGUUCGACUGAAAACUACGAAGCCGAUUGGCUGACAUGGAGAUAAGACAUUACACCAGUGGACCUCCAAGCGAAUAAACAAGAGUUGUGUUUGCUAGCACUAUAGUCGUGUUUCUCCGAUUUUGCCCACGGCAUAGGGUGUGUGCACUCACUUAGGCUCAUAUGGAUUCUUCAUAGUUAAUUCGCCGUUGUGUAUGCCGUCCACGUGCGUUUUUUGCAGCUCC